AUGGCGCAAAUAGUUCAAAAAUGCUGUCUCAGCUCAAAGGCUACCGGCUGCUACCGGCAACGUUUAAGCUUCAUGGAGCGGCUGCAGAACGAGGGUGGACUGGACAGCUCCUUAUGGAUGAGGUCUCGGUCUCCGGUGCGUCUGUCUCUGUCUCCUGCUGUGUCCUACAGACAGUCUCCGAUUAAACAGCACUCCCUGUACCCUCGACAGUAUGGAUUCAUUAACAACUGUUUGAAAUCGCUGGUAGUUGAGAAGUUUGGCGAGGAGACGUGGAUCAAGCUCAGGGAUGGAGCUGGAGUCCAGGACACCUUCCUCACAUAUGAAGUCUAUAAAGAUGAGAUCACCAUGCAGUUAGUAGCAGAAGCCUGCAAGCUUUUAGGAGCGAAGCCAGAGGUUGUCCUGAGGCAGUUUGGAGAAUAUUUCUUUGAGUUUUGCAAACGCUCUGGCUAUGAUCACAUGCUGCGGACUUUAGGAGGAAAUUUGUUUGAAUUCACUGAGAAUCUGGAUGCACUUCAUAGCUACCUCGCCCUCUCCUACAAGGAGAUGAAUGCACCAUCGUUUCGGGUGGAGAGGAACCCUGACGGCACCAUGCUUCUCCACUAUUAUUCAGACCGUAGAGGACUAUGCCACAUUGUUCCUGGAAUUAUUGGAGCUGUUGCUAAAGAUUUUUUCAACAGCGACAUAACAAUGGAAAUUGUCAACCAGCUAGAGGAGCUGGAGAGAACUGGGAAGAAGGAGCAUGUGGUUUUCCUGGUUACACAGUGGCCAGCUGUUGCUGCUCGGUCCAGUGCGGGCAGCAGCAAACUAUUGAGGGGCUUUGAACCAGUGUAUCCUAUGACCCUUAACAUUGAUCUGAAGACUUUCUGCCAUGCUUUUCCUUUCCAUAUAGUCUUCAAUGAGCAGCUGGUGGUGCACCAGGCAGGGGUGAACCUCCAGAGGAUUGUCCCUGGGCUCCAGACCAUGAGCAUCCAUCUGGACCAGUACUUCAGCAUUGUGCAUCCUGAGGUAACCUUCACCAUCUCCAGCAUCAGGAAGUUCAUCAACAGCCACUUUGUCCUGCAGACACGCAGGGACAUGAUGCCUGAAGCAUGGGACGACAGACCUAUGCUGCAGCUCAGAGGUCAGAUGAUCUGGAUGCCCUCCCUGGACUGUAUGCUCUAUCAAGCCUCUCCUCUGCUGAGAAGCCUUCAGGAAUUAGAGGAGAGAGACAUGCACAUAUCUGACAUCGCGCCGCAUGACGUCACCCGCGACCUCAUCCUGCUCAAUCAGCAGCGGCUGGCAGAAAUCGAGCUGUCCAAUCAGCUGGAGAGGAAGAAAGAGGAGCUCCGCCUCCUGUCUCAGCACCUGGAGGAGGAGAGGAGAAAGACGGAGAACCUGCUGUACGCCAUGCUGCCCAAGCAUGUAGCCAACCAGCUGAAAGAGGGCAAGACAGUGGAAGCAGGUGAAUUUAAAGAGUGCACCAUACUGUUCAGUGAUGUGGUGACCUUCACUAAUAUCUGCUCCAUGUGUGAACCUAUCCAAAUCGUCCUUAUGCUUAACUCCAUGUACCUCCGAUUUGACCGACUCACAACUGUGCACAAUGUUUACAAGGUUGAAACUAUAGGCGAUGCCUAUAUGGUGGUAGGUGGGGUUCCAUUACCGGUCUCCAGCCACGCUGAGAGGGUGGCCAACUUUGCCCUGGGUAUGAUUUUGGCUGCCAGGGAGGUUAUCAACCCUGUGACUGGAGGACCCAUUCAGAUCCGUGUGGGCCUCCACAGUGGUCCCGUGCUGGCAGGUGUAGUUGGGGAGAAGAUGCCCCGCUACUGUCUGUUUGGCGACACUGUCAACACUGCCUCUCGCAUGGAGAGUCACGGCCUCCCCGACAAGAUCCAUUUGAGCCCAACUGUCUACCAGGCUUUGAAGAAAAAAAGCUUUGUUUUCCAGAAGCGAGGAGAGAUCGAGGUGAAAGGGAAGGGCAGGAUGGUCACUUACUUUCUUGAAAGAAACUUCGGGGUCAGUGAGCAGCAGAUUAUGGGUCUCUCAGACGUAGAGGCUGCCACUGGACAGCAGGACAGCCAGAAGAGCCAGCCUGAUCUCCACAGACCAGCUUUUCAGCAGCAGCGCAGGGAUGACCUUUGCUUGAUCCCUAUGGAAUAUGGAGACAACGUGAGUGAACCGCCGCCGUCAGCACACAUGUCUGAACCCCAGACCUGCACAGCCAUCAAGCCCCGGGACUCAGAGAGCUACGGAAGCCUGUACACUGAUGAUCAAUCAGACGAUGGAGCACUGGAUCAGUUAAAAGACACAGAUGAAUUUGGACAGGCAGGAGUGAAAUACACAGAGAAACAUGCGGAUGGUCUGGACAGUGAACAGCACUUGAUUAACGCUGCUGAGGGAACCAACAAUGGAAGCAAACGCACCCGAACCAGGUUCUGUGUGGUCCUGUGAGUUGGUAAUUACCUG